UGUGCGUGUGUGUGUGUGUGUGUGUGCGUGUGUGUGUGUGUGUGUGUGUGUGUGAUAGAUAGACAAAUAGAACAGUUCGACAUUGACUGAACUCAGCGAUUAAAUACUGACACAAACCUCAUGUCAUUUGUGAGUAUCGCAAAGGUCUUCGUAUAUGUUCUGUAUUAAGUGGUAUUUCUUAAGAUGAGGCCUUCCACACACUCACUACUUGGGUCUGAAAUGCCUAGUCUCUGCUGGGGCCCUCAGCUUGACUCACUUGCCCGUAGGAGUGUGCCUAUGUGUGCGUGUGACGUAACGAAACGGUGCAUGUCACCAUGCCCAGAGCAGGAGCGGAAUAUGGCUCACAGAGUACUGUCACUGCAAGGGAAUUGGCCAUAGCCGGUUGCCUUUCACACGCAAUCUCGGAGAUGCUCAUAUGUAUUCUGCAGCCUUACCCAUCGUGCUUGCAUCUGACUUAAAGUAUCCGACAUGGAGGUUAUGCUACGUUUAAACUGUCAAUUUGCAGUUUCUUUUUUUUUGUAAUUAUGAGCAGACCAAGUAACACACAAAAAAACUUUUUACUAUUUGCUGCCUGGCUCAUACUUUCCUUUCCAUGUCCGGCAUAAUAUUUUACUCUAUAAUGGAACAAAAUCUAGCAUUCAGUCCACAGUGUACCCCAUCACCAAUGUUCCCUCUAAACUACCCACAUGUGUAAUUGUGCACUGUUCUCACCCUCUCAGUGCACACCAAAAGAUAAUAGUGCAUCAAAAAUAAAGUCUAAUCUGAGUUGUUGUGGCAUUCUGCAUUUUCAUAUUUUCCUCAUACAGGGAAAUUGAAAAGUAUAUUUGGCACAUGGUUGAUGAGUUGGAAACAAAAAUAUGUCACAAAAGUCAGAAUGUGGUGAACGAGUUGAAGCAUUUCAGAGGGAAACGCGCAUCAAGUCAUGUAAUCGUUGUCACGUACGGACCAUGCUGUCCAUCAAAGAUGCUCGCUCGGUCAAUUUUACCUCGUCUAGGGUCCUUUCUGCGGCUUCUUUCCAGUGAUUCUGUUUGUGGAUUUCAGCUCUGCGUUCAACACCAUCAUCCCGGAACUCCUCACCCCCAAACUACUCCACCUCGGUGUGUCCCCUACGAUCUGCCAGUGGAUCCUCAGCUUCCUGACGGGACGGACACAACAGGUGAGACUGGGAGCAACAACAUCAUCAAUGCGCACCACCAGCACUGGAGCCCCACAGGGAUGUGUCCUCUCGCCACUGGUCUUCUCUCUCUACACAAACGAUUGCACCUCAACAGAUCCAGCUGUCAAACUCGUAAAGUUCGCAGACGACACCACGGUCAUCGGUCUCAUCAAAGACGGCGACGAGUCUGCGUACCGCCAACAAGUGGAGCAGCUGGAGCUCUGGUGCGGCCGACACAACCUCGGGCUGAACACGCUCAAGACUGUAGAGAUGAUCGUGGACUUCAGGAAACAUUCUUCUCCACAGUUGCCCCUCACACUAUCCAACUGCCCUGUGUCAACCGUCGAGACCUUCAAGUUCCUGGGAAUCACAGUCUCCCAGGACAUGAAGUGGGAAGUCAACACCAUCUCCAUCCUGAAAAGGGCCCGGCAACGGAUGUACUUCCUGAGGCUGCUGAGGAAGCAUGGCCUGCCACAGGAGGUGCUACGACAGUUCUACACGGCAGUCAUCGAAUCAAUCCUGUGUUCUUCCAUCACGGUUUGGUUUGGGGCCGCCACAAAAAAGGACAAAAUCCGACUUCAACGGACAGUUAGGAUGGCAGAAAAAAUCGUUGGCAGCGCCCUACCCACUCUUGAGGACGUGCACACUGCAAGAAUCAAGACAAGGGCACGGAAAAUCGUCCUGGAUCCCCCGCACCCUGCCCACCACCUUUUCCAGCUCCUCGCCUCAGGCAGACGCUACAGAUCCAUGCACACCAAAUCCAGUAGACACUUAAACAGCUUCUUCCCUCGAGCCAUUAACUCCUUAAACAGUCACUGACGUAGUCACUCUUCUUGUACUACAAAAUGGUACUACAAAACUACUGGUUACUCUAAAAUGGUGCAAUGAUUUUGUUGUUUACGAUGAUACUAGUGCAGCGUGUUAUACCGAAGACAAAUUCCUUGUGUGUUCUACA